CUGUUACACUUUUCUCUUUUAUUUCUAUCAUUACCGACUGUUGUUUACCACAAUGAACAAGCAAAGUAUUGACCAAGUAGACCUCAACGGAAAACGCGUUCUGAUCAGAGUUGACUUCAAUGUUCCCUUGAAGAAUGGGAAAAUCACAAACAACCAGAGAAUUGCAGCUGCUGUGCCAACCAUCAAAUAUGCCUUGGAGAAAGGAGCCAAGUCAGUGGUUCUCAUGUCUCAUCUUGGUAGACCCGAUGGUCAGCCAGAUCCAUCUGCCAGUCUGAGACCUGUUGUUCCUGAGUUGGAGGCACUGUUGGGAAAACAAGUGACCUUCCUUGAUGACUGUGUUGGGCCCAAAGUUGAGGAAGUCUGUGCUAAUCCACCUCCAGGAAGUGUGAUACUCCUGGAAAAUGUCAGAUUUCACCUGGAAGAAGAGGGAAAGGGCAAAGAUGCACAAGGAAACAAGGCUAAAGCAGAGCCAGCUUCAGUGGCUGCUUUCUGUGCUUCCCUCUCCAAACUUGGUGAUGUCUACGUGAAUGAUGCAUUUGGUACUGCACAUCGGGCUCACAGUUCCAUGGUUGGUGUCAACUUGCCAGUAAAAUGCUGUGGCUUCCUCAUGAAGAAAGAGCUGGAGUAUUUUGCAAAAGCUCUAGAGAGUCCAGCCAGACCUUUUCUGGCCAUCCUAGGAGGAGCGAAAAUAUCAGACAAGAUUCUGCUGAUUGAGAAUCUCCUGGAGAAAGUUGAUGAGAUGAUUAUUGGUGGUGGCAUGGCCUUCACCUUCUUGAAAGUUCUAAACAAUAUGGAGAUCGGUAACUCCCUGUUUGACGAGGAAGGUUCCAAAAUUGUGCAGAAGCUGGUGGACAAAGCCAAGAGCAAGAAGGUUCAGCUGCAUCUUCCCGUAGAUUUCGUCACUGGGGAUAAGUUUGCAGAGGAUGCUAAAACCGGCAGUGCCACUGUUGAGUCUGGUAUUCCUGCAGGUUGGAUGGGACUUGACGUAGGACCUAAGUCCAGUGAAAAAUUUGCAACUGUCAUUGAGAAAGCAAAGACUAUUCUUUGGAAUGGGCCACCUGGAGUGUUUGAGUUUGAGAACUUCUCCCAAGGGACACGGAAGAUGAUGGAUGCUGUGGUUAGAGCUACCGAGAAAGGAGCCGUUAGCAUCAUAGGUGGGGGUGACACGGCGACCUGUGCCAAGAAGUUCAAAACUGAGGAAAAAGUGAGCCACGUCAGCACUGGGGGUGGAGCUAGCUUGGAGUUGUUGGAAGGGAAACCAAUGCCUGGCGUUGAAGCUCUGAACCCUCGCCCAUAG